AACAGAAAUGCAGCACUAAACAACCUAAAGUUGUCUCAAAGUCUCAAUGCAGGUCUUUUGGUUAUUUAUUAGCAACAACUAAUAAUUAAUUGAAUUGUCAAAAUCGUCUCUGAAUUGGCAGGCUGUGUCGACUUGAGCGCUACUAAAAGUUGUAACUUGUUGCAUAGAAGCUGUGACUGGCUGUUUGAAAAUGGACAUUCUUGGAUCAAUCAUGAAAAAGAUGGAGGGUCCGCCUGCCAUUGAUGAAAAGGAACGGAAAUUGAGACAACAGCAAAAGGAGACUCAACAACGUCACCAGGAUGAGAAGGAGGCCUACGUGAAAAAGUUUAGGUCCUCAAUUACCGAACGAAUUAAGAUCUUUGCCACGGAUGAGACACAACUUCGCCUCGUCUUUGAAACAAUGGAUAAGCUGCGAAGAGCAAUUUUACAUGACAUUGCGGAUACAGCCGGACUAUUAGCACAUUCAUUCGGGACAGAAGAUGUUGACCGACACGUAAUUGUAUUCAAACCAGAAGGAAUGCCCAGUGAGCCCGAACUACAAGCUCUUAGACGAGGUGAAGAAUACAAUCCGCAGUGGGAGUGUCAGACGGAUGAUCAUCCAGAUGAACCAGGUACUGGGGAUGACGAGGGUAAAAAUAAUUGCACGAUGACACCGCCACCCGGAAGAGGUCGGAAACGUAAACAACAACCAGAAUAUCUUCAAAAGUAUGAAAAACAUUUGGGAGGCUUGGAGGUUGCAAAAGAUGCUGCACAAAGCACAGAAUCUCCCAACAGGACGUAUGGCUUUGUGACCAGUGAAAAUAAGAAAGACAAAAGAACAAUAGAAGAAACACUGGCCGAUAUUCGGGCUCGGAAGAAGCAGAAAGCGGAAGAAGCAGACAAUAAUGAAGAAACAUUGUAGCUUUUAUUUUAGCUUAAUAUUUUUCGCUUUAUCGAACAACAACAACAACGCUACAAACAA